AUGAGUCCUGGACAGACGCUGAGAGCCUUGGUGACGGCGCGGCUGGCUGCGGCUGCGGAAGAUAUAUUUGAGCUGUUUGAAAGAACUAUAUUGGAAUAUGAGGAGGAGCUGUGUCGCUGCAAAGAGAAGAGGAGACAAGAGGAGGCUCAGGAUGAGAAGAGGAGACAAGAGGAGGCUCAGGAUGAGGAGAGGAGACUGGAGGAGGCUCGGGGAACCCAGACGGUCUCGCUGAGUCCUGGUCCUGGUCUGAACCCUGAGACGCCGCUGAGUCAACUGGUGAAAGAGGAGCCAGAGGAACUUCUGCCAGAGUCUGGAGCAGAGUUCAGAGUGGAGUGUGUAAAGACAGAGGAGCGUCUCAUGAAGUCCUCUGUCUGCUCCUCGACUGAAGACUGGGAGGAUCCUUUCAGCUGUUCAGCUGCACACAUGGAGACAGAUGGAGAUUAUGACCAGGAGACAGAGACUGAAGGAGACUUCUGUGACCAGGAGACAGAUACUAAAGGAGACGUCUACGACCAGAUAAGGCUGCAGCAGAGACUAGAGCUGACAUCUCAGGAGCAGCCCCAGGAGAUGAGGCCAAGAAACACCAGUAGCUGUUCCGGACCCCCGAGCUGA